AUGCCAGCGGAGAAUAGGAACCCUCAACAGAGCAAUGAAACCCCUCCAGUUGAACCAACCAAGAAUGCAGAUCCAGGCUCAGGGGAAAAGUCUCCACCAGCAGACGUGGAACCUGCACUUCAACCGGCACUCUUGCCAGAUGAGGGAUCUGAAGACUCGGAAAGCGACAAGUAUCUUCACGGAAUGCCUCUAAUCCUCAUGGCGCUAUCUUUAAUGAUUGGUGUCUUGACAGUUGCCUUGGACAACAGUAUCAUCUCUACUGCUAUCCCAAAGAUGACAAGCGAGUUUAACAGUCUCAGCGACGUUCCCUGGUAUGGCACCAUUUAUCUUCUCGCUCAAAUGUCCUUCCAGCCGACCUUUGGCAAGAUGUACACCUUCUUCAACCUGAAAUGGAUCUAUCUCGGUGCCGGUGUUCUUUUCGAAGUUGGUUCCAUCAUCUGUGCCGCUGCCCCAAACUCGGCAGCUUUUAUCCUCGGCAGAGCCGUGGCUGGAUUUGGAGCUUCAGGCCUUUACUGCGGUUCCAUGAUUAUCAUAACGCAAAUUGUCGAGAUGCGAAAACGGCCACUGUUUCUUGGUAUUAUCAGCAGCAUGUUUGGGGUUGCUUCCGUCAUUGGACCUGCACUCGGAGGGGUCUUUACUCAUUCAGAGCGUCUCACAUGGAGAUUCUGCUUCUGGAUCAAUCUGCCACUCGGCGGCUUGACGGGGGCCAUCAUCUGCUUCUACUAUCCUUCCACGCUUGGAGGGGCUGUCAACAAGGACCGCCCGUUGAAGCAAAAGAUUUUGGGUCUAGGCCUCAAGAGCGCUGUCAUUCUAACAGCAACCUUGGUGUGCUUAUUUCUCGCUCUUCAAUGGGGAGGCACUGUCUAUCCUUGGCGUGAUUCUCGCGUCUGGGGUUGUCUCCUUGGAUUUGGGUUCCUCUUGAUCUUGUUUAGCUACAUACAAGUCCGACAAAAGGAAGAUGCCUUGAUCCCUCUCCGUAUUCUAUCUCAGCGAUCUGUCUUACUGGGCUGCCUCUUUUCCUGUUUGCUCCAAGGUGCAAUGAUGACACAAGCCUAUCAUUUGCCCUUCUACUUUCAAGCCGUCAAGGGCGACGACCCUCAAGAAUCCGGUAUCAAUAUUCUUCCUCACGGUGUCACGGUCUCCAUCGCCACCUUGAUCAGCGGUACCUGUAUGACUCUUUCGGGUUACUACGUACCAUUUAUGUGGUUCGGUGCAGCUCUCUUCACCACUGGUGGUGGUCUCUUAUACACGCUAUCUCAGACCAGUCCAAUCGGACGUUGGUUCGGGUUUCAGCUCAUGGCUGGUGCUGGAUAUGGAACGACAGUACAGAUUCCCAUCUUCGCCAUCCAGGUGGUGCUCAGCACCGCCGAUAUUCCCCUCGGAACAACCAUGGUCAUCAUUGCUCAGAGUUUCGGAGGAGCAGUUGGUCUCGCCAUUGCCCAGAACGUGUUUCAAAACUUUCUAAGCCAGGAGCUCAACAAGAUCAGAGGCAUCGAUGUAGCAGCAGUGGUGGCAGCGGGAGGAGUAGAGCUUGAGAAGGUUGUGCCGAGCAGCCUACUUGCUCUCGUCAGGGACGCUUUCCAGGUGGCUAUUGCUAACGCAUUUCUCGUUGCUGUUGGUCUCGGAGGUGUUGCGUUCCUUGCUAGCCUUGGCAUGGAGAGGAAGCGAAUCAACAAGUCCAAGAGUAGCUAA